UUUAUUUAAUUUUUCUUGCGUUUUAUUAAAAAUAAAUUUUAUGAGAAUUCAGUAGCAAAAUUUGUCCAUAGACUUUUAAAACAGUGGAAAUGGUUCAAAUUCGUUUUGUGCCUUAAGCUAAGCAGUUGACACGAAGCAAGACUUACAUAUAUGCAAAUAUGAAACAAAGUCUCACAGAAAAAAAAAAACUACAAUCCAAAAAUAAACAAAUAAAAUAAACAAGUGAAUAGUUAAUAAAACAUUAAAUAUAUAUAUAUAUAUCACUGUAUCUAUUUACAUUUCACUGUAAACUAGGAAUCAAAAAAUUUGCAAAAAUAAAAGAAAAUUAUUUUGUGAUUAAGUCUCUGAAGUCUAUUGGCAUUGAAGAUGCUGUGUGCCUGUGCCUCGCUGUUCAUCUGACUUAAGUCGUAUUUAAAUUGAUGCGUAUUUUAUAGCCACUUCAUACCAGUUUAAAGUGCUAAAGCAGUUAUCUCCUCAGUAGCGAUUCUUUUAUUUAAGCAUUUAACCAAGCCAUGGUUCUGCACACUUCUUAUUGGAAAGUUUUAACACGACGAAAACAAGUGAACAACGAAGGUACCGAUGGCGAUAGCAGAUUAAAUCGAGUUUUGGGUCUUUACGAUCUAACCGCGUUGGGAGUAGGGUCCACUCUAGGUGCCGGAGUCUAUAUAUUAGCCGGUCAGAUAGCUAAAGAUCAGGCUGGCCCUUCAGUCAUGAUAUCUUUUGCUAUAGCCGCCCUAGCUUCUCUAUUGGCGGGUGCUUGCUAUGCUGAGUUUGGUGCUCGCGUUCCCAAAGCGGGAUCCGCCUAUAUAUACAGUUAUGUGUGCAUAGGGGAAUUUGCUGCUUUUGUUAUCGGUUGGAAUUUGAUACUGGAAUAUAUCAUUGGCACGGCGAGCGUGUGUCGUGGCAUUAGCUUGUAUUUAGACAGUUUGAUUAACGAUACAUUAAAGAUUACGUUCGCCGAAGUGGCGCCUAUAAAUGUCAGUUUUUUGGGCAGUUACUUUGAUUUUUUUGCUUGCAGUUUGGUAAUUGUGUUCGGAGUUGCUCUGGCAUUUGGCGUUGAAACUUCUACUAUGGCUAAUAACUUUUUCACUUGUCUUAACUUAUUCAUAUUACUUUUUGUUAUAAUAGCAGGUUCAAUGAAAGCUAACUUUUCCAAUUGGAAUAUUAAUGUAAAUCAUGUUAAUAAAAGCGACCUUCCUCCUGAUAUCAAUUUAGGGAAUGGCGGAUAUUUUCCUUUUGGUUUUCAAGGCACUCUCAAGGGUGCCGCGACUUGUUUCUUUGGAUUUGUCGGUUUUGAUUGCAUAGCUACGACAGGGGAGGAAGUGCGUAAUCCUGCCAAGAAUAUACCCAGAUCAUUUAUAUUGUCUUUGUUAAUCAUAUUCUUGUGCUAUUUUGGUGUUUCGACCGUGUUAACAUUAAUGACACCCUAUUAUCAACAAGAUGCUAACGCUCCUUUGCCCAGUGCUUUUAAGGAAGUUGGCUGGGAUUUCGCUAUGUGGUUAGUUACUAUUGGCGGUUUAAUUGGUUUAAUUGCGAGUUUGUUGGGGGCCCUUUUCCCUUUACCCAGAAUUAUUUACUCGAUGGCUCAGGAUGGUUUGUUAUUUCGAUCUCUGGGUAAAAUACAUCCUAAAUAUAAAGUACCGGUAAUAGGGUCAAUUAUUGCCGCCUUCUUAACAGCUCUAAUUGCCGGCUUAUUCGAUUUGGCUCAAUUAGUGAAUUUGCUUUCGAUUGGUACUUUGCUUGCAUACAGUAUGGUGGCUGUAUCCAUAACAAUAUUGCGAUACAUGGAUAAUUCCAAUUGCACAGGCCGUAUUCAAAAUAAUGGCUAUCAACAAAUACCGGAAGAGAGAAGGCGGGGGAGAGAUAACAGUAACGGGAGCAUAUCGCGCAACAAUCUCAGCAAUGGUUUCAAUGGUCUAAGCGGUUAUAGCCAUUCGGAGAGCUCUUUACUUACCAGCAAAGGCGAACGCAUUACUUUUAUUUGCGUAGUGAAACAACUUUUUAAUUCUCGCAGACUAGAAAUACCAACUAAAUUAUCCACCCGUAUAGUGGGCGUCUUAACAACAUUAUUUUGUUUACUAUCUAUGGGUAUUGGUUUGAUAUUCAUGCAAUCGUAUGAUGCUCUGCGCAAUCGGGAGCCUUGGAUUUUAAUUUCACUUUCAGUCUUACUGUCACUCAUAAUUCUGGUAUUAAUUUUUAUAUGCCUGCAACCUUGUGAAAUUCCAAAUCGUGCCUUAUUUAGAGUUCCUUUUGUGCCCAUAGUACCGGCCAUAAGCAUAUUUAUUAACAUCUAUCUUAUGCUACAAUUGGACACAAUGACUUGGAUACGUUUUGGUAUCUGGAUGGCUAUAGGUUUACCUAUGUUUGUAGCGUGUUGGUGCAUGAAUGAUAUUAAAAAUCCAGCCAAGCGACAUCCCGAUAGAAAGCAAUUUGAAGAGUUAAUAAAGAAAUCCACACUAGUCCAAGUGAAGUAUGUAGAAAAAUCGUUAUCAUCUACAGAUUGUAACAUAUAUUGCAACAGUGGUUGGCAACAGGAAAACGAAAAAAGUAUCAAAAAUUUAGAUGAAAUCAUAAAUAUAAGGGACGUAGCUGCCGAACUAAAGGAAAUGAAGCACUCAAAUGGCAAAUUAUUCUACGUUAGUGAGGAGCCCGCAAACGAUGAGUCUACCAAAGUUGUAUCCCUUCCUGCACAUACUGAUACCACAGCUGAGGAAAAUUCAGUUAUGGCGUUUUUAGACGACGUUUUGCAAUUAGAAGAGGAGGGCGGAAGAGAAAUUGCCACCCAUUUGAAUAGAAAAGAAGCUUUCAGUCAACGUAAUGAAAGUAUCGACUCGUCAAUGAUACCCACUGUUACAAAGAGUACUACUGUAGCCACGGUACACAGCAGCAGCGAUACGUCAGAGCACGACUCAGGAGAAAUUUACGAGCGACAUAGCGAACGUUCAUUUAGUUCACAUGAUAAUUCAACGAACGAAGAGAGCUUAAACGAAAGGCGUUUACAAGCUGAACAAUUAGUAGAAGAUAUCUUGAAAAGUUCAAGACUCAAUAAAAUUUUGCAAAAUCGAGAAAUAAAUGAUAGAAAAAAUGAAGAUCACUUCAUAACUUGUCAAGUCUCUCGAGAAUCUAUAAAAUCGGUGACCAGUCCUUUGCACUCGGAAGAUUUCAAAAAUAGACUUAGUCGACUUAUUAUAAAACCUGUAGAAUCGAAAUUUAUCAAAGACAAUAAGGAAUACGAUAUAGAAAGACCAGGUAAGAAUUCGUUAACCAAACUACAGUACUCCAAAAGCGAAGCGGAUGUCAGAAAUGCUCUAAUGAAGGCAAUAGAAACUCGUGGUGUCCCUUUAAGGAUGAAUUCGCAAAAUAAUAUCCAAGUACCUAAAGCACCAAAAUUUGAUCCAGUUCUAUAUAGUACUAUGACUACUUUGAGAAGUAUUAAAGACAGAGCAGAUUUAGCAGUCAUCCUGAAAAGUAGUGAACUUGAUGGACAUAAAGACAAACAAAAAGUAACAAAUGGGUCCGGAGGUAAUGCGGAAGUCCCGUUUAAGGUUAAGUUAGAAGCUUUACUAAAACGUGGUCCUUCGCAUCGUACUCAACGCCUCUUACCGCCGGAACCUAAGAGACCAAAUUCAAUUUCUGCCAUUAAAAUCGAAGACUCUGAUGGGGGAAUACUAUUUGCGACAACAGCCUUCAAAUCAGAAGACAAUCUCAGUUAUAAUUCAAAAUCGGUUGAGACCUUAUUGGAGGCCCGUAAGGCUUUAAAGCCGAUCCAAAAUAAACCGUAUCACUUAUAGUAUUCAAAUAAAUUUACGCAUAUAGUAUUAUAGGUAUUAGUUCGUGAAUUACAUAAAGUAUUAACAACAUAUUCAAGUGCAUGCUCUUGCAUUGUAUUUUAAUAAAAUGUUUCAUAAUUUUUGUUUAUGUGUUUACUGGACAUAUCUGUCAAUACAUACUUACUCGUUUCAAAUAUUUUCAUCUCAUUCAUCUGCAGGCUUGUUCACUUACCUCUCGUACGGUCUUCCGAAUAGCUUUAAGCAGUUGAACAGACAACGUCUCGGUUGGCAAAAAUUAAAAUAUAGCGAAUACUUUUAAAUGGUUACACAAACACAAUACAAAUAUUUAUCUUUACAAGCCGUAUGCAUACAUGCAGAUGGUAUUUGUGUACACACACACAUAUAUACACUAUAUACAUUUUUAUGUACAAUAUGUUAAGUUGUAUAAGAAAAUGAAACAUAAAA